CCAAGCAUACGAUUUUUGGGCCCAGGCUACCUGCCCGUGCGCGCUUGUACACGUGGCGUCGGGUGAGACUCCGCUCUGACCUGUCAGCCAUGACGUGCAGCGUGGGACAUGCGUGCGCUUGCAGCAGUGCCACGGCUGCUGCCCCGCUCGUGGGCGCUCGUCAUCAGGAACCGCGACACGUGUCAACGUCUGGGAGAGGGAGUGGCCAUGACGUGUGCGGUUUCCGUGAUGCCUCGUGGCUCUCACGUGCGCGGUGCUCGGGGCCUCGUGGCCCUCACGUGCAUGGAAACCAGAUACGCUGCCACGUCGGCCACGGCGGUCUUCUGCCGCUUAGCUCGGCGCGAUCGGGACGCAAUGGCCACCGAUCCCCCCGGGGGCUGCUGAGGUCCGAAGGAGGGCGCGGAGAUGGCCAACAGCAGCAGGACACGUGGCGGGUCCGUGCGCACAAUCAUCACAUGGCAAGAGCGCAAGCGGACCACCGCGGCGGCGCCGAGAGCCGCGCUUCUGUUCGCCCGCCUGCGGACGGGGUAUCGGCACCACAGCUGCCGGAAAAAAGUAGUACGUCAGGAUGGGGAUCGGGAUGGCAGAUGGGAUCGGGAGUGGCAAAGGUGGUCGUUGCGACGGUCUUGACGACGAUACUCCAAGCGGGGGCGCCAAUGUCAGGGGAAUCCACGACGGGGGGGGGAGAGGAAUGGUGGUGCCAGGGGUGGUGGGGACCACAGCCAGCGGAAGCGGUGUUGUUCUCCCCCGACACGAAAGUGCCUCGCUCUGCCGACGUGGCAUUACGACGCGCCAUCCCCGCCGUUAAUCACUCCGUCAAGAAGAUGCAGAACGAGCUGGAGGAAAUCUCCUACCUUCUCCGCAUCCCCCAACGCAAGCCGUACGGCUCCAUGGCAAAGAACGUGCGAGAUGUGCUGAAGUUGACAGAAGAGGACAGAAACGCCAUCCUCGAGUCCGUUCCCGCCAACUUGCGGGCAAAAGGGGAAGCACAGUACAACAAACUGGUAAAUCCGGAGUCGGGACUGCCGAGACUGCUGAAGGCGAUUGAUGACAAGGAUCCCGACCGGAUAUCGGUGCUGUUGGCGUCUGCUCUGGAUGACUUGGCACAGCUGAAGCUUCUGCAAGCACCAGGGCUGCCGUUUCUGCUUCCCGCGCAGUAUCAGGACUUACCGAGGCUGACAGGUAGAGCGACGGUAGAGAUGAAGAUUAGGAGAGCUGGGGGGGAAGGGAGGGGGGAGGGUGGAGAUGGGUCGUUUACACUGGCGGCGGGGGGGGGACCACAAAAGACUGCCACGUUGGAGGUGGUUCUGGAUGGAUACUCUGCCCCUCUGACAGCUGGCAAUUUCGCUGACCUAGUUAAGAGAAAGACGUACGACGGAAUUCCACUCAGGGUUACUCCUAAUGCCAUCUUGUCGGACAACGUGAACGAGAAGGAAAAGGCGGGGUCGUUGUCAUCGCAACGACGAUCCACGCCUUUGGAAAUCAUGCCAGCUGGCGAUUUUCAACCCCUCUAUAGAACUACAUUGGACGUCCAGGACGGCGAGCUGCCGGUUCUCCCUUUGUCCGUUUACGGCGCAGUGGCUAUGGCGCAUGACCCCAACUCGGAGACCAACUCCUCGCCGUCCCAAUUCUUCUUCUAUCUGUAUGAUAAACGUCAGUCGGGUCUCGGUGGGCUCUCGUUUGAUGAGGGGAACUUUGCCGUCUUCGGGUAUGUCACCAAAGGGCGGGAAGUUCUUCCCCAGCUGCAGACGGGGGACAUCAUUGAAUCUGCUAAGCUGGUUGCCGGCGCUGACCGUCUUCUCAUCCCCAAGCAAGCAAGUAGCUAACCUGCGCUUGAACCACACACACACACACACACACACACACACACACACACACACAGAGAGAGAGAGAGAGAGAGAGAGAGAGAGAGAGAGAGAGAGAGAGAGAGNAGAGAGAGAGAGAGAGAGAGAGAGAGAGAGAGAGAGAGAGAGAGAGAGAGAGAGAGAGAGAGAGAGAGAGAGAGAGAGAGGAGUGGAAUUGGAAAGGCAUGGCUGCAACAAGACAGUUUCUUGGGGCUUUCGUCGGCUCAAAGGGGCUGAGAACCUCAAUAGUAUAUCUAUGUAAGAUUCCGCUUGAUCCGUACCUGUUCUGUUUGUUGUUGUGUGCCGCGUGACCCUUAAACACAACCCCAGACAAACACAGUGUCUAUGACAGACUGUUCCGUCGAACUGUCACCGGCGCAUCAGCGGCGGGUUUAAAUCUCGACAAUCUGCCCAGGAUGCAUUUGACUCAAGGGUAAGGACUCUUCACCAUCUUGCCCAAAGUGUGCGUGUGUUGUUAUAUUUUCGCUAUACACUGAAAAAAAGCAUCACUGUGCUGAACAGACUGUUUCGUCGGACUUUCACCGACUCAUCAGGAGGAGGUUAUGUGCGCAGGGGCGGGGAAGGGGAGGAGGGCAUUGCUGUUGCGGGGGAGGAGGGGGGUAUUGGUGUUUGGGGGGGAGGGGGAUGUUGGGUGUUCGUGGAGGGGAGGGUUUGGAAGGUACUAACGGUAGCAAGAGAGGAGAAAAGAGUUAGCUUCCCAAGCAGAUGGGGACUGCUUCAGAAGGUCGGGAGUUGAGGGCCUGCCCCUGGGUGAUUGGAUGGAGGGAACCCGGGCAUUCGGCUGAUUACAUUCUUUUUUUUUUUUUUUUUUUUUUUGGCUGAUUACAUUCUUACUUGAGGGGCUAGAGGGAAUGUAUGCGACCGCAUUUACGAU